AUGACGUCGACAACUUCUGCCUAUGCAGCUAUCGUCUUCGGAGCCAUUUCCAUCGUGUGCAUCAUCUAUGGAGUCCAAACUAUUAGCUACAACAUUGAAGAUAUCCGUAAUGAGAUGAACGUUGAGAUGGAUAUUUGGAAGUCUGAAACUGAUAGUCUCUAUCGUGACAUGCAGAAGUUCGGACGUGUCAAACGUCAAUACGGAGGAUACGGAGCUGCUGGUUCUAACCCAACCCCACACGGAGGAUUCCCAGGAGGAUCAUCUCCAAUGACCCCAGGAAGCUUCCCAGGAGUCGUCGGAGUUCCACCACAAUUCAACCCAACUCAAGGAGGAGAACCAACACCAGGAGGCUCGUGCAACUGCCAGGCUGAUAACUCUUGCCCAGCUGGACCAGCCGGACCAAAGGGAGCUCCGGGAUCUGACGGAAUCGAUGGAAUUCCAGGAGUUCCAGGAAUCGACGGACAAAAUGCUGACGACGCUCAAGCUCAAACUCAACAAUAUGCUGGAUGCUUCACAUGCCCACAGGGACCACAAGGACCACCAGGAGUUCCAGGAAAGCCAGGAGUCCGUGGAAUGCGCGGAGCCCGUGGACAAGGAGCUAUGCCAGGACGUGACGGAACCCCAGGACAACCAGGAACUCUCGGACCAGUCGGACCAGUCGGACCACAAGGAGAACCAGGAUCUGAAGGAGAACCAGGAGCUGAUGUUGAGCACCAAGUUGGACUUCCAGGACCAAAGGGAAUCUCCGGACCAACUGGAGAGCCAGGAGAUCAAGGACCACAAGGAGACACUGGAGCUCAAGGAAUUCCAGGAGCACCAGGAGAGCGUGGACCACGUGGAGAGAAUGGAGACAAUGGAGAGAACGGAGCUGCUGGAGCCGCGGGAGAGGAAGGAGAACCAGGAACCGACGCCGAGUACUGCCCAUGCCCACAAAGACAAGAGAGUGCUCCAGUCAACGCCAACCAAGGAUACAAGAACAGACGUCACUAG